CCGCCUUCCGAGCUGUACGUGGCCUCGCGACAACCGUCAGCUACUCGUUUCUGCAGGCCCCUUGAAUUGAAUCCUUUGCUUGAUCCAGACAACCCCCCUUUCCUUCCAUCCUCUUCUUCUUUCCUUGGAUCCUUCUCUUCUGUUUGUACCACUUUUCCACUCUCAAUCGCGCCAGAACAGCGCUUGCAUGGAGCUUGAAGUCUAAGCACUGAGUUCCCCGCGACGCCCUUGGAAGCUCAGAAGACCUUCCACAAUUAUCACCUUCUAAUACGGCCCUUUCUUCACAACCACCCACCAUGGCCAACCGUGCCGCCAAAUCCCCUGCUCGUCAGCCCAACUCCAAGCCUGUGACGAAGCCCAACAGCUUCGCAUCCGAAGGUGUCGAGAACUACGAUGUCUCGACUCUCAAGGCCAACGAUUGGCUGAUCUGCAGUGCCCUUUCUGUCGUCGCCCUCUUCGUGCGCCUGUUCCGCAUCUCUCAGCCCACCAGUGUCGUCUUUGACGAGGUCCACUUCGGUGGUUUCGCUUCCAAGUACAUCAAGGGCAAGUUCUUCAUGGACGUCCACCCCCCAUUGGCCAAGCUCCUCAUCACCCUCGCUGGCUGGCUGGCCGGCUUCGAUGGCGAGUUCGACUUCAAAGACAUCGGCAAGGACUACAUCGAACCUCGUGUCCCAUACGUUUCCAUGCGCCUUCUCCCUGCCCUCAUGGGUGUCCUUACCAUCCCUAUUAUGUUCUUGACCCUCAAGGCUUCAGGAUGCAAGACUGUCACUGCUACAAUGGGCGCCGGCCUGGUCCUCUUCGAAAACGGUCUCGUCACCCAGUCCAGACUUAUUCUGCUCGAUUCUCCCCUGGUCAUCUUUACCGCCCUGACCAUUCUCGGUUGGACUUCUUUCACCAACCAGCACGAGCAAGGUCCCUCGAAGGCCUUUACACCUAGCUGGUGGUUCUGGCUGGCUUUCAGCGGUCUCUGUCUUGGAGCCACUGUCAGUGUCAAGUGGGUCGGUCUCUUCACCAUUGCUUGGAUCGGCAGUCUUACUGUUCUCCAACUCUGGGUUCUUCUCGGUGACACCAAGACCGUUACUCCUCGUCUUUGGUUCAAACACUUUUUUGCACGCUUCUUCUGCUUGGUCGUUAUCCCUGUCUCAUUCUACAUGAGCAUGUUCGCCAUCCACUUCCUCUGCCUCGUCAACCCUGGUGACGGCGAUGGUUUCAUGUCUUCCGAGUUCCAGUCUACUCUCAACAGCAAGGGUAUGCAGGACGUUCCCGCAGAUGUCGCCUUCGGCAGCCGUGUCUCGAUCCGUCAUCACAACACUCAAGGAGGCUACUUGCACUCGCACAGCCACAUGUACCCUACUGGUAGCAAGCAGCAGCAGAUCACUCUCUACCCCCACAAGGAUGAAAACAACGUUUGGCUCCUCGAGAACCAGACUCAGCCCAUCGACAUUGACGGUACCGACAUUCCUACCCCUUGGGCAUGGGACAGCAUCGAACCUACCUUGAUCGAAGAUGGCGCCGUCCUCAAGCUCUACCACAUCAUCACUGACCGCCGCGUCCACUCUCACGACCACCGUCCCCCAGUGACCGACGCUGACUGGCAAAACGAGGUUUCUGCAUACGGUUAUGAAGGCUUCGAGGGAGAUGCAAACGAUCUUUUCAAGGUUGAGAUCAUCAAGCACUUGUCCGACGGUGAGGUGGCCAAGAACCGUGUCCGUACCAUUCAGACCAAGUUCAAGCUCGUUCACAUCAUGACUGGCUGUGUUCUGUUCUCGCACAAGGUCAAGCUUCCCGACUGGGGCUUCGAACAGCAAGAGGUAACUUGCGCAAAGGGAGGCACUGAGCCCAACAGUAUCUGGUACAUUGAGAGCAACGAACACCCUCAGCUCAAGGAGGAUGCAGAGAAGGUCAACUACCGCAACCCUGGCUUCUUCGGCAAGUUCUGGGAGCUCCAGAAGGUCAUGUGGACCACCAACGCUGGACUCGUUGAAUCUCACGCCUGGGACUCUCGCCCUCAAUCAUGGCCCAUCCUGCGUCGUGGUAUCAACUUCUGGGGCAAGGACCACCGUCAGAUUUACCUCAUCGGCAACCCCUUGAUCUGGUGGACUUCUACCGUCUCAGUCGCUGUGUACCUGGCUUUCAAGGCACUGGCUGUCUUGAGAUGGCAGCGUGGAUACAGAGACUACAACAACGUGCCCUUCAAGCGCUUCGACUACGAAGUUGGCACCAGUGUUCUCGGCUGGGCUCUUCACUGGCUUCCUUUCUUCCUCAUGCAGAGACAGCUCUUCUUGCACCACUACUUCCCCGCCCUUUACUUCGCCAUUAUCGCUCUUUCCCAGACUUACGACUUCAUCACUGCCCGCGUUCCUGCUCUUGGUCUGCGUCAACGCCCCGUCAUUGGAACAGCCGGUGCAGCCAUCUUUUUGGCAAUGAGCAUUAGCAUUUUCUACAUGUACUCUCCCGUUGCCUACGGAAAUGCAUGGACCAAGACAGACUGCAGCAAGGCCAAGUUAUUCGAGACCUGGGAUUGGGACUGUAACACUUUCUAUGACAGCUACUCCGAAUACAAGACGUACGAUAGAACGAUCUCGCCCGCAAAGUCGACAGCAGCUGCCUCGCCCGCCGUACAGUUCUCCCACGAGGAGAUUCCUGAAGCCCAGGUGACAAACCGCGUCGAGUCGGGAGAAGAGAGAAUCGAAUACCGUGAUGAGGCCGGCAACAUCCUCAAUGAAGAGCAGGUCAAGGAGCUUGAGGGCAAGGUUUCAUUCUCUACACGCUACGAGACCCGCACUAGAUUGGUGGAUGCUAAUGGCAAUGAGGUAUAUGAUGGCGUUGCAAAGGAAGAGGAGAGUUACGCAGGAACAAUUGCCGAGGGCAGCAACCAGGAGACUGGAGGUGUUGGCCAGGAUGAAGCAAACGAGCAACCUGCUAGUGUCAACGUCAAUGACGAUGUAGAAAAGGAGAAGAGCAUCGAGGCAAGCACAGCAUCUGCGGAACCAGAGAGCGAUGCUAGUGCAGCGACAGGCAAGGAUGAGCUGUAGAGUCGCAAGUUUGAUUCACAGGAGUUGUCAGUCGGGAUAUCAGGCCACGAAAUUAUGCUAAAACUACAAGUAGGAGCAGG